UCGUGGGCAGGGUGCGGGCGCUGCGGCCGCGGCGCUCCCGGCCAUCCCGGCGCAGGUGGGUCCCCAGAGACCUCGGCGACCCUGGCGGCCGUGCCGCGGUCGUGGCCGUGCGCCGCGCCGCUGCAGCUGGGCCUGUAUGCGUAGCAAUCAGGCCACGGCCUACCUCCUGCCGAGCCACGGCCGGCCCCGGGAACAUGCGGGCCCGGUGCAGCUCGCUGGCCGGCCAGGAACCGCCGCCGUGGCCAUCCCCGGGCGGAACCAGCCGCCGAGAAGGCGAGCUUCGAGGCGGUCGCCCCGCCCUCGCUGGCCCUGAUGCCAUCGCGGAGCAAGGAGCUGUGCGUCAGCAGCAGCCGGUGCUGGAUGAAGCGAAGAUGGGAGGAGAAGGCGAGCAGCGUCAGCUGCAGGGCAAGAGCAAGCGACAGGCCUGACUUGUUCUCACCUGUGCUUGUAGCCAUGGACUGGCAGGAGUGCACUUUACAAAUCCUUGAAGAUAAACCUGAUCUUUCACGGUGGACUCUGAAGUACGAGGUCCUUGGGUGGGAUGUAGAAUUUUCUUGGCUUGCACGUAACAUGACACCUAUUAAAAACCAGAAAACCAAUUGGCAAUCUCUCCAAGGUCUUCCUAAUAGGUUCCCCCACGGACGAUGUCAUAAAGAUUAACAUUGAUGGAGCUUUAUACAAGAAGAAAAGAAAGUUGCUUGGUUCUAUUGUGAGGGAUCACAAAGAGGCCACGGUGUGCAGGUAUAAUCAAAUUGGUGCAUGAUGCAUUAAGUACUGAGCCCCAAGCUUGUAAGCUUGUUUUGCUACCUUUUGCAUAGCAAUAAAUCAUGGUUUAUCCCGGAUCAUUUUGGAGAAUGGUUCGACAAUUUUAGUAAAUGCUCUACAGUCCUGCUUUUAUGAUUCUUUUACACCAGAAGCUAAAAAUCAUAAAAGCAGAAGCUAAAAUGUUGUAUUGUUCAUGGAUUUUAAUCCUCUUGAAAAAUAUAUUGCAUUCCAUA